AUGCCGCAAAAGAAGCAAAAAAACGAAAACGAAGAGCGCAAAAAGAGCGAAAAGAGAGACAAGAAGGAAAAAAAGGGACGAAAAGACAGGCGAGAAGAGGAGAAGGAGAAGGAGAAGAAGAGGAGACGAGACGAGACGAAAAGGCUCCGGAGCGCUGGGAAGAGUCUGGGGUAG